AUGAUUCUACGCCACCUUGGGUGCUGCGACACUCGCUCACUCCGGCAGACGUGCAACAAGGAGCUCGUGGGCAGAUGCAAAGACAGCUUCUACAACAUUGUCGAUCCGACCACCGCUUUCCUCCAGCUUGACGCCGACUUUCCUGCGCGCGCAGUAUCACUUGCAAACUUUGAGCGGUGGAGCGAUCACAUCACCACACUACGCCUCAAGGUCCCGAGAACCGCAUUCUUCUACCAGCUGCAUCAAGGCGCUGCAGCCGCAGCCGGAGCCGACGGCGAUACCUUCUCAGCAAUGUCGGGUACGAAAGAGUUCAAGUCUGCGCGCGCGCUAUUGACGACCCUUCCUCGAUGCAAAGCUGUUCAGAUCCAGCACGACACCCCAAGCAGUGGCUGGCUCCUAUGCGACUACCAAUCCAGUCGACGGGAGGUCCGUGACAAGACCAUGGCUGUCCUGGGCGACGUGUUGCGCGAGAACCUGGAGCAUGGUCUUGUCGGCUUCAUGCUUUCUUCGCACACGCAAUGGUACGAGGAGUACCGCCUAUGCUACUUCGAAGAACAAGAGAAGGAGGCAGAGAAGGAGACAGAGGAAGAAGGUCCACGCACAGAGGAUGAGGAAGAUGGUCGACGCAUAGAGAUGGAGGGAGAUGGCCGACGCACAGAGAAAGAGGAAGAAGACCGGCGCGCAGAGCUGGAGGAAGACGGUCGAUGCGCAGAGAUUGAGGAAGAAGACCGCGGCCAUGAAGAGACAGAAGAUGCAUACGCAGGCCAGUCCCGAGACAUGGUUCGCGAUGAGUAUCGCACACGUGGACUUCCUCGGCCUAUCCCCAAGAAGAAGGCGAACAUUGUGGCGGCCCUGCAGAAGGAUGAUUCGAGGAGAUUGGAGUAG